GCGGCGCCCCGGGUGGGGGGAGGCGGGCAGGCGGCUAAGAGACCACCUCAGCAGCCCCCGCCACGGCCGGACCGAAGGGGCGGCGGCGGAGGGGAGCCGGCCGGGGCGCCCCAGCAGGUUGCCAGUAAUUAUCUGCAAGAAUCGCCAUGACCCCAGCUCUGAAGGAGGCAACAACAAAGGGUAUCUGCUUUUCAUCUUUCCAUCCAAGUACCAUGGAAUCUGACAAGAUGCUGUGCAUGGAAAGUCCAAGAACUGUAGAUGAAAAGCUAAAGGGAGGGGACACUUUCUCUCAGAUUCUGGGAUUUCCAACUCCUGAACCUGCUCUUAAUGCUAAUUUUGUGAAUUUAAAACAUUUUGCCUCUCCUCAGGCUUCAAAACAUUUUCAGACAGUUCUUUUAAUGAGUUCUAAUUCUACAUUAAAUAAAUAUAAUGAUAAUUAUAAACAAAAGAAAUUAGGAGAGUCCCACUGCAGUAAGCUAAAAAACAUACUAUGUAAUGGCAGCAACAUUCAGCUACGUAAAAUCUGCCAUUCUCAUUCUGAGAAUGAAUUCAUCAAAAAGGAACUCUCAGGUACUACAAGCCAGUGCAUGAAAGAUAUACAAAUUGUUUUGGAUUCAAAUGUAACCAAAGACAGUAGUGUUGAUAAAAUACAUCUACAAAGCUGCAAAUGGUACCAGAAAAAUGCACUUUUGGACAAAGUUACUGAUACUGAGAUUAAAAAGGGUUUAUUACAUUGUAAUCAAAAAAACAUUGGACCAGUCCAUUCAAAUGUGCCUGUUGUUUCCUCAGUUACUGAAAAAGAGGAAGAAGUGAAUGCUCGUUUACUUCACUGUGUAAGCAAACAAAAAAUUUUACUUAGCCAGGCUAGAAGAACUCAGAAACACUUGCAAAUGCUCCUGGCAAAACAUGUUGUUAAGCACUAUGGUCAGCAAAUGAAAUUUUCUAUGAAACAUCAGUUGCCAACAAUGAAGAUCUUUCAUGAACCUGCCACAGUUUUGGACCUUAGUUUACUUGGACACACUGAAAUUAAGCCAGAUGUCAAUGUAUUGACUUCAGAAAAUAAGUUGUGGGCUGAUACGAAAAAUGGUUUUGCUCAGUGUACAGCUGAAGAAAUCCAAAGAUUUGCACUGUCUGCUACAGGGCUGUUGUCUCAUGUCGAAGAGGGUCUGGACUCUGAUGCAACUGAUAGCAGUUCUGAUGACGAUUUGGAUGAAUAUGCCAUUAGAAAAAAUGUGACAGUAAACUCUAGCACAGAGUGGAAGUGGCUUGUAGACAGAGCACGAGUUGGCAGCCGGUGGACUUGGCUUCAAGCUCAAAUAUCAGAGCUAGAAUAUAAAAUCCAGCAACUCACAGACAUUCAUAGGCAGAUCCGUGCCUCCAAGGGGUUAGUGAUCCUAGAAGAAUGUCAGCUUCCAAAAAACAUUUUGAAAAAACAAGUACAAAAUUCAAACCAAGCAGUUUCAUUAAACACUACAGGGAAUACUCAGGUUCCCCAAAGAAGUCAAGAUCCAUUACCAGAACAAGAUUUUGAGUUGUCACCAAGCAGCCCUACACUGCUUCUUCGAAACAUAGAAAAACAGAGUGCACAAUUGACAGAGAUCAUCAACAGCUUGAUUGCCCCUCUCAACUUGUCUCCAACUUCAUCACCACUUUCCUCUAAAUCCUGCAACCACAAAUAUCUGACUAAUGGCAUUUCAAGGAGUGCUUCACAGAAUUUAGAAGAGCUCUCUUCCUCUAGUAGCUGGUUACUUAAUCCGAAGCACAGUAAGAAAAGACGGAAAGACAGGACAAGAUUGAAAUCUCCAUCCUUGGCUAUCACGAGUAGCGCUGCCCGAACAAGGCCACUUCAGAGUUUCCACAAACGAAAACUCUACAGAUUGAGUCCCACUUUUUACUGGAGUGCUCAGACAUUACCUUCAAAAGAAACAUUUGUAAAUACUACCCCAACAGCUUGCCAGCCAUCAGCUUCAACUUGGAGUAAUUGUGAAUACAAUUCUCAGAUGCUGAGAGAACAUGUUUCAAAGCUAGAUUCCUCUUUCCAUUCUGUUCUGUCACUGCCAUCAGAUGUACCUCUUCAUUUUCAUUUUGAAACAUUAUUUAAAAAGACUGAAAUAAAAGGAGAUUUUGCUGAAAAUAAGUUUGUAGACGACUGUAUCAUAUCAUCAUCGCCUGUACAUGGCACUCCUCUGAAUCAGUGGAGAGAUGGAUAUUCACCUAUAUGUAAGCCUCAAGGGAGGUCAGAGUCAUCUGCACAGCUGUUGCAGGGGAGGAAAAAGAGACAUUUGAGUGAAACAGCAUUAGGAGAAAGAACCAGGUUUGAUGAAUUUGGUUUUCACCACACAGAACCAGGAUCCCAUUGCGAUUUCUCUGCUGUCUCUAAUGUCAGUGCUGGACCAAGAAUCCCGAACUCAUCCUCACAAAACACUGCACGACGAAGGUUAAGAAGUGAGAGCUCCUACGACAUAGAUAACAUUGUGAUCCCCAUGUCAUUAGUAGCACCAGCUAAGUUAGAGAAACUCCAGUAUAAGGAAAUACUUACUCCAAGCUGGAGGGUGGUAUUUCUUCAGCCUCUGGAUGAACAUAACUUAGAAGAGAUAGAAGACCUGUCUGAUGAAGUCUUCUCCCUAAGACACAAAAAUUAUGAAGAGAGAGAGCAAGCUAGGUGGUCACUCUGGGAGCAAAGCAAGUGGCACAGAAGAAAUAACAGAUCUUUCAGUAAAAAUGCUGAAGGGCAGGACUUGGUUUUGAAAGAAAGUCCUAAUGAUGUUAGCAGUGGUCAGCAGUGUGCUGCUCAAAGUCCUUUUGAGCUCUCUGCAGAGAAUCAUGAUCUGUGUGCACAAGACUCACUGCUUUUAAAUGAAAGUCAAGAAGUCAAAUCACUGUGGUGGGAACGACGGGCAUUUCCACUGAAGGAUGAGGACAUGGCAGCCUUGUUAUGCCAGGAGGAAAGGAAGGCUCAGAGGGCAAGAGCAGGCACAGCUCUGCCUGGCGAAGUCUCCAGUACUGCUGCACAGGAGAAUGGCCACUCUCUACAAGUGCAGUCAGAUGGAAUGGAAGACUGUAAAACCUUUGGCCUAGGAGUUACUAAUGUUAAAAGAAACAGGUGACAGGGGUCAAUGAAGAACCUUUUGUAAAUUAGAGAGAGAAAAGGAAACCCCAUGCAGCCACUUUGGGCACAAUUCCAAAGCAUGAAGAUGUGCUGCAUAUAUCCAUCUCCUAUACUGUUUAUGGAACAGGCCAGAUUCAGUUUCUUUUUCCUUACUGAACCACAGAAGUAGCUAGCUUUUCACCUGCACGCCAGUGUUGGUAGUUUGUGUCGAUCACACAGAUCACAAGCACCAAGAUACUAUAAACUGCUUCCAUGUGACGCCAAAUCACAUUAAGACACCUUUACACCCCCCCCACACCUGAUUUGCAUAAAAUGAGAACUAUUUUUUUCUAUCUACAUGGUUAUUCACUAAAAUGCCUCAGAAAUAUAUUAAAAUAAACCUGUAUGUGCACAGAAUAUGUGCACACACAUGUAGACUUAAAAUUGCACUAGCAGUGACCACUCCAUUGAAAAAAGCAUGUAUGACCUACUCUAUGCAAUGUAAGCUGCAAUAAGCAUUAAGCUUAUGUUCUCAGAGAAAGAACAUCAACAAGCUUUGAUGAUGGACAGGGAGUUUCUUUGUGUUUGUUUUUGUUCUUUUGUAUGUUUAACCAAUAGAAGUUAUUUAUGAAACUCUUACAUGAGAUAACAAAAUACUCAUUUAUAUGGUAUCUCUUCAACUAACAGGCUACUUUCUGUUUACUUUUAACAUAAUUAAGAUAAACAAAUUGAGAGUUUUGAUAUGGGUACAUUUUAAAACUGUCACAUAUUUGAAAAUUCAACUUGAGUUUCAUCUACUUUAUGUAUCGCAUGAAGACACCGAUUUAAAAUGUUCAAACAUUAUAAAAAGAACAAAGUGGCUGCAAUUCUAGCUAACAUCCAGCUAGAAAUCUUACUGAAACCUUAUUGUAUUCUAGGCCAUUUGGCCCUUCCUUGCUGUAACUUACUCUACUCAAAUAUCUAUUCUUACUUGCAUCCAAGAUGAAACAUUAAAAUUUUCAAAGGACAAGAUUUCAGUAUUGGAUACUGAGCAGUGUACACUGAGGAAAAUUUCCUUUGAAGCUAUGAUACCAUUUUUUUUCCUGUGUGAAAACUGAGGACAAUACAUAGGAAUCAAUUUUGUCAUUAAAAGAGGUUAUUCAAUAUGUAGCUCCCAUAUUACUGAGAAUUCUAGCCAUUUUGGGUAAGAGUCUGUGGGAUUUACAAUAAGUUUUUGUUGAGGAUUGAGAAUUAUACUGGUCACUGCAAAGGGGAAUUCAAAUUCAAUACAUAUAAACUUUUGCUUAUUGCUUUUCUGUACAUUUAUUUUUAAAGAAAAAUGAAGCCAGACAAAUUCAAGUUUUCCUGGCAAAUAAAUUCAAAUCUUUGUCAUGCCAAAUAUUAUAAUCUUCUAUGUAAGUUUUUUUUUUAAUUAAAGUUAUUUCUAUAUGCCUUGUA